AUGGCGGGCCCUUCCAAUUUCUCUCGCGCAUGGACGCAAUUCUUCCCACCCAAACCAACAUUCGUCGAGGCGACCGUACCUGAUCAGUCGGGUCGCGUCCACCUGGUCACCGGCGCAAACUCCGGCCUGGGCAAGGAGACGGCGCGCAUCCUGUACGCGCGCAACGCCAAAGUCUACAUGGCCGGCCGGUCUCUGGAGCGCGUCCAACCCGCCAUUGACGACAUCAAGACAUCACGGCCCAAUUCCAAAGGCGAGCUCAUCUUCCUCGAGCUCGACCUCAGCGACCUGGUCAAGGUCAAAAAGUCCGCCCAGACGUUCCUCGCCCAAGAGACCAAGGCGCUGCACGUCCUCUACAACAACGCCGGCGCCAUGGGGUCCGACCCGCUGCGCCGCACCGCCCAAGGCCAUGAAUUGACCAUGGGCGUCAACUGCGUCGGCACCUUUUUGUUCACCGAGCUGCUCACCCCGCUGCUGCAGGCCACCGCCAAGCGCAGCCUGCCCGCCACCGACGCCGUGCGCGUCGUCUGGCUGUCAUCGUACGGCCUCGAGUCAUUCGGCGUCGAGGGCGAGGGCGUCGCACUGGACAAUAUUGCCUACGACCCGGCCGGCAAGGGCGGCGUGCCCAAGGCCAUAGACCGCUACGCCAUCAGCAAGACCGGUGUCUGGGCCCUGGGCGUCGAGUACGCCCGCCGCCACCGCCAGGACAACAUUGUCAGUCUGCCCGUGAACCCAGGCAAUCUGAAAACGGAGCUGGCACGCGACAUGGGCGCUGUCUUUCGUUUCAUCGUGUCGCCGCUCUGCUACCCACCUGUUCUGGGUGCGUCCACCUUGGUCUUCGCGUCGACGUCGUCCGAGGUGACUCUCAAGGAGAGCGGCGGUUGGAUCAUUCCCUUCGGCCGCCUCUACCCUCUCAAGCCGUCUCUGGUCUCGUCCACCAAGCCGGAGUCCGAGGGUGGCACGGGUGGUGUUGCCCGGUUCUGGAAGUGGAACGAAGAGCAGGUCAAGAAGUUCUUGUAA